AUGAUAGCAAGAAUACUAGGUGGUAUAUACUUAUCCUCCAUAGAGCCCAUCAACAACAACAUAGAUUUAAAAUCAGAAUAUAACAUCACCCAUAUAUUAUCAGUCUUACCUGGUCCUAUACCGAAUACUUAUAAAUCACCAAAUUAUCAUCAUAAACAGAUUGAAAUCACUGAUGAAGAAACAAGUAACAUCUUACAGUAUUUCGAUGAUGCAUUAAGUUUUAUAAGUGAUGCGAUAAAAGAGAAGGGGAAUGUAUUGGUUCAUUGUGCUCAAGGUUCUUCCCGAUCAGUCAUUAUUGUGAUGGCAUACCUUAUGAAGUAUUAUAAAUUGAAAUUAGAUCAAUCGUUAUAUGCUAUACGAAGAAAAUUUACUGAUGGUGAAAGUUUGAUUAAUCCAAAUCUGGAAUUCAUCAGACAAUUGGAAUUAUACGCUGAGAUGGGAUUUAAAUUAGAUUUUAACAAUGUGAAUUAUAAACAAUAUGUGAUAGAUUUGAAUUUAAAAUUAGAUCCAUCAGGUCACUCCCUUCAACAAUUAAACCUCUUCCCCACCACAUCCACCACCACAGAAGAUGACAAUACCACCACGACCCCACCAUCAGAUUUAAGAUGUAAGAGAUGUCGACAAAUCCUUUCCAAAUCAAAUCAAAUUGAAUAUCACGACGCUCCCGAUUCAGAUUCUCGUCAAUCACAAUUCAUCAAAACUGCUCCAAAUUCAAGAAGAAUCAUUAAAGUUCAAGAAGCAAGUCUAAACUGUAGUCAUUUCUUCUUAAUAGAGCCUUUAAAUUGGAUGAAACCAGAAUUAGAACGUGGAGAUAUAGAAGGGAAAUUCCAAUGUCCAAAAUGUUCAGCAAAAGUGGGUGGAUAUAGUUGGAAAGGCUCAAGAUGUUCUUGUGGUAAAUGGAUGGUUCCUGCUAUUCAUUUACAGACCGCUAAAGUCGAUGACAUUAAAAACAUGCAAUUGAACCAAUCUAUAUAG